UAACUAUUAACUAAACGAAACGGUUAAUUUGCAACUAGUUGAUUUUUUCGACUAGCCAAUUAUAUAUUCCAUAAAGAAGGACCUGAAGAAUUGUUUACAAAAGAUUAUAUCGACUACCAAGACGAAAUAAAAAGAAUAAAAUCUAUCAAGUACUACCAAUUUUAAUGUAAAUAAUAACGAUAACGAAGAUGGAUUCAUAACACAGCGGUUGACUAAACCGUUGAAUCAAUGCCCAUCUCUAUUGUUCAAUUGUCAAUAGAUAAAGUAAACGUGAGAUUACGGGAAGGAGCGAAGUAAACGUCAAUUUAAUCGUUAUUUUCUAUUUGCACGCGUAUUUUACGUCUUAAUAACUAAAGUGUAAUAUAAAAAUGCCUGAAAAUAAAAAUCUAGUACAAUGUUAUAAUCGUGGAUGUGGUCAACUAUUUGAUCCGAAAGAAAACGACAAAGACGUAUGCUGUCACCACCCUGGAGCCCCAGUGUUUCAUGAUGCCUACAAAGGAUGGUCUUGUUGCAAUAAGAAAAGUGUUGAUUUCACUGAAUUCCUCAAUAUAAAAGGGUGUACUCUAUCUAAACAUUCUAACGUGAAACCACCAGAACCUGAAAAGAAGGCAUUGGAUAAGGAGCUUGAGAAAAAGGAAGUGAUUGAAGUGAGAGCACCAGUAUUGGGUCCACAAUUGCCGAGACCGCCAUUUGAAACUCCUUUAGUCACUUUAAAACCACAAAUUGCAGACUCUCUGAAGAAUACCAUACAGCAGUCAGCACAAAAAUCUGUAACCGAAUCAGAUGGUACAAUAGCAAUAGGUACGACUUGUAAGAAUGCUGGAUGUAGCAUUGCAUAUGAAGGGCCGCAGACAAAUGAUACAAUGUGUACAUUUCACCCCGGCUGUCCGAUCUUCCAUGAAGGGCUGAAGUUCUGGUCAUGUUGCCAGAAACGAACCACAGAUUUCAACACAUUCUUGGCACAACCUGGUUGCACAACUGGGUCGCACAAAUGGUUUAAAGAGACAACAACUGCGGGUACUGUAAAGUGUCGUUGGGACUGGCAUCAGACACCUGAAUAUGUAAUUGUAAGUGUAUAUGCAAAGAAAUAUGAUCCAGUUGAGAGCUAUGUUAAAUUGAACCCAAUUAGACUAGACACAAAACUGGUUUUCCAUCAUGAAGGGAGUGCUGUGUUUGAAUUGGAUCUUGAAUUACGAGGGGUCAUUGAUGUUGGAAGAAGUAGUGCCUCAAUGCUUGGCACUAAAGUUGAGAUUAAAUUGAAGAAGGCGGAACCGGGCGCAUGGAGUAAACUGGAUUUUCCAAGAACUGAGCCGAAAAAGGAAACUGUACAAGCACCAGUAGCACAACCAGAGGAAAAAGACGAUGUUGUGGACUUGUCUUCCGUAGAAGCGAUCACUCCAAUGAAUAAUUUAAACUUAUCUGCUUAACUCGUAUUAAUUUACAAAAAACAUUUAUUAAAUAAAAUAUUUUUAUAUAGAGCAACACUUCAUGGACUUUAUUUAGACAUCUGGCAAUGUAAUUUUUUUAUUAUUAGUGUUGCAAGUUUUUGUGCUUUCAAUUAUCUGUUGAAGAUUGCUUUCUUUCAAUGAAAAAUAAAACAAUUGAAUAACA